GGGCUUAUCAUUUAUUCAAAAUCAAUAUGGCUAUACUGCUGCUGCCGUUGACGGUGUCCAGAUAAAAAUGGGAAGAAAAUAUUAUUUCAAAAUAGAGGGAGGCGUGUUAUUGUUCCGACGUUGGCUCCUCUAAAAAGAAAACGAUAUUCCAAAAGUUCUAUAUUUGUUUAGAUGUUUUUUUCUUUUCUUCCUUCGUAUGUUGAGACAACCUCUUUUGCCAGUUUUUUUAAGGGCGAAAGAAUGGGACGACCAGAGGGUGGAAAAAUAUCGUCUGCUCCCAGCAGCAGUUGAUGACAGAUGACAACAUUUUCACACACUUGUAUUUUUCUUUUUUCUUUUCCAUCAAAAAAAUCCCUCCUGCUGGGAUUUUCAUCUCGUCACCCUCUGCGAGACAAUUUCAACGACGUAAUAAUGCAAGAAAAAAAUAGAGAAAAAAAUGCAACGUAAGAAAAGAAACUUGUUUUCUCGCCCUUUAACUUUAUUGUUACUGCGGGGAAUGAAAGACUUUUGCCCGACUCCCAGGCAACCCUUCAGGGCGGCAGUAUGAGAUAUAUAUUAUUAAUGAUUUCGAUCGAGAAAAGAAAACGACAUGUUAGAUUCCGCCUUCCUUCCUCCUGCCUCGUGACAGCUGCGAGCGUGUCAAAAGUUUCUGCGUUCGUAACAAAUGAUUUUUUCGUACACACUCUUUAACAUAACCCUCUCUCUCUCUCUCUCCCCCUAUGGUCUACCACCUUAUAGGGUCUCUUUUGUGUACUCGGGAAUCGUUUUAAUCCGUCGGGUAUUUCCGACAUACCCUUUCGUUAAUAUUUGAAUUGUACUAGGAAAAGUCAUUAUCAAGCUCGGUAAUUCAUAGAAUUUAGGAUUCGACAAAUAGGUGUUGAAAUCGCAAAAUAAAUUGAGAGGGAACACAAAUGAAAAAUAAACAAUAACAAAUAACACGAACCUGCUACGCUUGCGCAGCAUUGCCGUUUUUCCUCGUUGACAGCGAACAACGAGGGCGCUCUUGUCUGGGCACGUUCAGUGUGGCAGUACCCGCCGUCGAUGUUGAAUCUCUCGUCUGUCUCCUCGUGUUGAAACGUCUCGCUUUGCAAAAGGGUUUUUAAACCAGUCUCGUUGUGUGUGGUAUUCUUGAAGUUUUAUUUUACUAUCAGUGGACAUUGACGAGAAAAAAGAAAAUUUUAAUUUCCUCGUGGCUUUUUCGUGUGUGAUGUUUCUGUGAACGGAAGAAACAAAAAAAGUGAUAGAACCAACAUAUUUUUGGAAGGUUGCCAUGAUCGGUUGAACCGGAUCCUCGCCCUUCCUCCUUUUUCUAUUAAAGGGGGAAAAGAAAGAAAAACAGUUUUUCUUUUCUUUUUGGGUUCCGAAUUAGAAACCCCCAAAUGGCUGCUGCUACUUGUCCAACUCCCAAGAUGACUACCACAUCCUGCUGCUGCCUCUUCAUGUCCCGUUUAUUACUUUACUACUGGCUAGCGUUCAUCAUCCAACCAGGAGGAAUAGCGGGCCAGCAGAGCGGUAAUCGAGCAAGUACAACCCUUCUGGUCCCUCCUCGGAUUAUCGACGACCCGACGAACGUGACGGUUUUGCGUAACGAACCAGCCACUCUGCGAUGCGCUUUCGAUGGUAUACCUCCUCCGGAGGUGACUUGGUAUCGAGAAGGCGAAGCAUUAGAACCUCGCGGACAUCGACUAGUCCUGCCCGAUGGGGCGCUCUUCUUCCUGCGAGUCACGCAAAGCCGCGGCGGAGGUGGUCGGAGUGGCGGCGGCGGCGACGCCGGCACGUACUGGUGCGUUGCCCGCAACGCCGCCGGCCAAGCCAGAAGCCGCAACGCAACUUUAACCGUAGCCUAUUUGCAAGCUGAUUUCCGUCGAAUUCCGGAAUCGACUCGAGCUGUUGUGGGUGAUCCGGCUCGUUUUUACUGUUUAGCACCGAAAGGUCAACCGGAGCCGGAGGUGACCUGGCGCAAAAAUGGCGUCCCCAUCGAAGGAUGGGAUGAUGAAUUAGGUUCGCUGGACAAAGAAAGGGUGCAUGUUGAAGAGACGGGCGAUUUGAUUAUACGGCACGUGCUGGCCAGCGACGAGGGAAAGUACCAGUGCGUCGCUCACAACAUGGCCGCUACUCGAGAAUCACCGGCCGUCUCAUUAUCCGUCUACGUUCGUCCUCAAGUGUCCGUUCCUCACACGGAAUUGGUUAUCGUGCUUGGUGAGGAAGCCGUUUUCGAGUGUCAGGCAUCCGGUGAUCCAGCACCGAGACUUCUAUGGCGACGAUUAGAUUCCAGUACAAGUUUAACUCCGCUUAAAUCGGAUGAUACCGCAAAUCGAUCCACUUUCAAGAUCCAACAUGUCGCGCUCGUUGAUGCUGGCCAAUAUGUCUGCGAAGUGGAGAAUGCCGUUGGCAAGGCCUCAGCUGUUACCGUAUUGACUGUUCUCGUUCCACCCAACUGGAACGUCCAACCGCCUCCGCAAAUCCAAAAUGAAGCAGGACAAUCUUUGAGCGUUGAUUGUAGCGUUAACGGCAUGCCACCUCCAUUGAUCUUUUGGCGGAGGGAAGUCGGUUUGCUGGACGUGGGCAGUAACGGUAGCCGAUGGCAAAUUGCGGCCAAUGGAACGUUGAGCAUCCGCCAACUUGAAACGGGAGACGCCGGUCCGCUUUAUUGCGCUGCUAUUAAUCCGGGAGGAGCUCUUUUGGCACGAGUCAACCUGGACGUGACUGUUCCAGCUAUGGCAGUGCCCAUCUACUUUCAAAUCGGUCCUGCUAAUCAAACGCUACCCAUCCGAUCUCCGGCCCUUCUUCAGUGUCACGCGCAACCGGAUGGGCCUGGACAAGAAGCUGAUAUCCGUUGGACUCGUAACGGCCAGCCAGUCAAUCAGAGCCAGCCUGGACUUGGCAUUUUGCCAACUGGAUCGCUACAGAUCGAUCAUCUCCAGCCAGAAGAUUCCGGAAUGUAUACAUGCUGGGCAACGAGCAAACAUACCACUCAAAUCUCUUCCUGGACAGCUACUUUGCUUGUCGAGAACCCCAUAAAUCCCAACGUGGCAUUCAAUCGAGCGCCUUCCGAUCCAUUGGCGUUGCCCGGUCCACCCUCACAGCCCGUACCCACCAACCAAACUGCCCAUUCAGUGACCAUUACAUGGCAAAGUAGCAGCCGGAUGGGCGCCUCGCCACUCGUCGGCUACACAGUCGAAAUAUAUAGCCCGUCAUCUGAGGCACUGUUGCCCGGCUCGUGGACUUGGGGUGAAACGAGCAAUCAAUCUUCAUGGCUAGUGGCUGUCCGGAAGCUGAAAGCCAAUACGUACACGAUUGACGGACUGAAAGCGGGCAGUUGGCUUCUUUGUCUCGUCCGGGCCGAGAACUCUCACGGCCUCUCCCUGCCCAGUCCCGUCUCCCAAUGGAUCCACUCUGCCGCUCACUUGGCAGACGCCGACGUCGCCCAGACCCGCGACCUUCUUUCCGGCUCUCUGAUGCAGCUGGAUCGGGUCCAGGCACUCAGUUCCACGGCCGUCGAACUCCACUGGGACAUUGUCGACGGCGAGAGCUACAUCGAAGGCCUCUACCUCUUCCAUUUUGAAACAUCGUCGCCCACCUUGCCCGUUCGCACGGCGCACAUUGUCAAGGAUCCCGGAUCGAUGACCUACACUCUGUCGGAUCUGCGGCCAGACACCAACUACACCGUCUUCCUCGUUCCGUUUUAUGGUACGGUCGAAGGUCGUCCGUCCAAUAGCCGGACAGUUAGAACCAAUCCAGAUGCGCCCAGCGGAUAUCCGCAAAACGUCAGCGUCAGGCAAUUCAACGAAAGCAGCGUCCUGGUUCAGUGGUUGCCUCCGCCGGUCGAUCAACGUAACGGCCUGAUAAGCGCCUACCAGAUUUUCGUCUACUCUGCCGAGACGAACAUGCUGUUAGCCAAUUUGACGCUACCGUCGUCGUCGACGUCCAUCGCCGUUGGCGGACUUGAAGGCGGCACUCGCUACGCUUUCCGGGCGGCCGCCUGGACUCAAGUGGGAUUAGGUCCUAGUUCCCCUGCAGUGAUUUUAGCCAUCGAAAUCAAUCAAUCGUCGUCAACGGUUCCAAUGACGGAUCAAGAAGCUUCCAAUCCAUUUCCGACUCACGUGGCCCAGGAAACUUUGAUGAUUAUUCUGGUGGGUGGCACCCUGCUGGUUUUACUUUUGACGGUGAUUUUGGUGGUGAUUGUCCGGCGGCGGAAAGUGUGCCGGGACGGCAGUCGGUCCAGGUCGAGUGCACGGGGGAAUCAAAGCAAUCACCUGCUCUGGCCGCUUCCGUCGCAACCGUGGGCCAAUAAUUCCUCGUCCAACGACCCGUCCAAAGACGUCCAUCCCCAACUGGGACCCGACUACGCCGAAGUGUUUCACCACGCCAAUCCCAGCAUGUCGUCAUUUGCAUCGUCAUCUCAACAUCCGCAGACACUUCAACCGGCCAACAUGACAGCCGCCUCUGCAUACGCUUCCACCACACUAAUCCGCAACUCGUCGGCGUCAUUACCGUUUCGCUAUCAGCCGUCGGCUGCUGGGCGCAGCGUCCCUCAGCUAUUGGCCGAAGGCUCUGUCCGUAAUUCCAGCCAACCGUUGGUGCCCAAUUGGCUGGAAUUGUUGCCCCCUCCGCCGCAACAUCCCCCGCCGCCAUUAGUGGCUGCCGGCAGUAAAAUAGACUAUCAACCACCUUUUUUAACUGCUACCUUACCGUCGACCAUUCACGCUGCAUCAAAUACCUGCGCCGCUCCGCCGAGUUUUAAUCCGGCUGGAGGCGGACAGCAUUAUCCUUUCCGCUCGUCAUUCAACAACGCUCAAUCACAGCCGACGCUGCUGGCCAACCAACACCCCCGCAAUUCCUUAUUUUUGCGACAGUCGCAACAUCGUCAAUCCAGUCGCUACCAAAGCGAAGAUUUAGUAGCACCCCAAGAAGUAGAGGGCCUCUACGCCACCUGUACCUACGACCAAAUCGAACCGUACCCGCUAUCGUCAUAUCGUUAAAAAUUAAUUGGAAACCCUUUCAUAUUCGGCUCUAGUCACCGUCUUCUUGUCUCCAGGUGAGCGGUUAGAUCGAUUGAUUCACUACCCCGCCAUGAGGUAAUUAUUGAUUCAAUUCAUUUUGACCCAUGAAAAAAAGAAAACAAAUCAUUGACACUGUGGCUGCGUGAUGUUUAAAGAUGACACACAUUUUUUGAAAAACCAAAAAAAAAAAAAAAAUUUCGCUUGGCGUUGUGAGCGUUUCAUACCUUUGUGUUUCUAUAUGUUUUUCUUCUCAUUAUUAAUAUUAUUAUUCAGUCUCUUUUGAUGUGAAACUUUCAAUGUGCUGUGAUAAUUUUCCAACAGGUCAACAACCCAUUUCUACAUGGCUGUUUUUUUUUUCUUUUUUUGUUUCUUGAUUGUAAUACUCUGAAUGGAAUUAUAUGGAUGUAAAUAUUUGUGGCUGUAUGGUGAGAAGACGAGCUACCAUCCCACAGCUUGCGCCACCUUCAACUACGGGCAGUAAAUAAUGGAUUGAAAAUCU